AAUAAGCCAAAAAUUGGUAGAUUUUUCGAUGAUGACGAGGCGGAAUUCCGAUGAUAUCGACGCAGCAGCUAGUUUCACCAACUUUUUAUUUGAGCUCUUCGAAGAUGGCAAUGAUUCAAAUGAUUCUUGUCAGUCCAGUGACUCUUACGAUGAUUUUGAUGAGGAGGACGAGAUUGAUCCUAAUAUUGUUGAAGAAGAUAAAGACUUUUGGGAAGAUCAAUAUCAACUUCUUCAUGCAACUUUGUACAGGACUACUGCUUUUGAAUCAAGAAUUCGUCAAGCUACGAAAGAUGCUGUGAAGGAAUUGAACUUGGUUGGCGUACAAUGUAUUUGCAGAAAUCCGGUGGCCGGAAGUUGCCGGAAUUGCUUACGAAAGGAAGUAUCGGUUCGGCUUCAGGAUUUGGGUUUCAAUUGUGCUAUUUACAAGUCCAAAUGGAGGAGGUCAAUGGAGAUACCAUCAGGUGAACACAGGUACUUGGAAGUAAUAGACAAAUCAAGCUCCAAGAAAGGUGAAGUAAGGGUGGUGAUAGAGUUGAAUUUUCGAGCCGAAUUCGAGAUGGCAAGAGCAAGCAACAACUACAAUCAGUUGCUCAACCAGCUACCCGAAAUAUUUGUUGGCAAGGCAGAGAGACUAGGAGCCUUGAUCAAGAUAUUGUGUGGAGCAGCCAAGAGGUGCAUGAAAGAGAAGAAUAUGCAUUUGGGCCCAUGGAGAAAGCACAAAUACAUGCAAGCUAAAUGGUUUGGCACUUGUGAGCAAACAACACCCGGUCCGUUACUUGUUUUGGGCUACUCGACAGGCCCAGUCCGAAAGCCCAGAGCAUCCAUGCUCAUCUUUGAUUAAUUGCUAUAAUGGAAGAAAGACCCUUAUGUACGCAUGUUCAAAAAUUAUGAAAUUAAUUCAUGCAAUAAGUGUACAUGUUAGUACUCCUUGAUCGUGUGCAGGGGCAUUG